GCGGCGUUGCUUAUAUGCUCGGGUGCAGCGUCAUGGAAACAUGUCGAAGGACGGACCUUUUGCUCUUGAUAUUUAUCUCGUCUUAAUACUCCGCUGUUGACAUCGUUCCACCCUGACCAUGUCGUCUACCCCCAUUGUACCCUUCUCAGAGCCUCCCUAUCUCGCUGGCCUCCCAUCUCCAUAUUACAAGCCAACGCAUUUGAAAUGGCAAAAAGCCUGUCGAAAGUUCAUACAAAAUAAUCUGCUGGAGAAUGCUUUGGAAUGGGAUACCGCCGAAACGUUGCCUGAACAUGUCUUCGACACCUUUGCGAAAGCGGGGAUGCUGAUUCCAUCCCUACCCGCUCCAUUGCCUGUAGAAUGGCUCAAGAGACUGGGGAUCCAUGAGAUAUUGGGAGUGUUGAAGGUCGAAGACUUUGACUACAUCCAUACCAUGAUCUACUGCGAUGAGAUGGCGCGCUCCGGACUGGCAGGUCCCUCGGGCUCUCUCACAACCGGGAUCUCGUUUGGUGUACCUCCAAUCCUCAAAUACGGCAAUAAGCAGCUACAAGAGCGCCUUCUGCCCGAGCUUUUGACGGGCAAGAAGCGGACAUGUAUCGCCAUUACCGAGCCCAGUGCUGGUUCUGACGUGGCAAAUAUUUCCACUACCGCAACGAAGACACCAGACGGGAAACACUACAUAAUCAAUGGCACGAAAAAGUGGAUUACCAACGGUAUCUGGGCUGAGUACUCCUCUAUGGCAGUACGAACUGGGGGGCCAGGGCCUUCUGGCCUCUCCAUGGUUGUUGUGCCAUUGAAGGGAUAUCCGGGCGUCACCAUGCGAAGAUUGAAAGUCGGUGGUCAAGUCUCAGCUGGCACUACCUUCAUUGAACUUGACGAUGUCAAGGUGCCAGUGGAGAAUCUAAUCGGUCAGGAGGGCAUGGGCAUGAAGUACAUCAUGACCAACUUCAACCACGAGCGCCUCACUAUCGCUAUUGGUGCAACACGAUCAGCUCGCGUCGCACUGGCAGCUGCCAUGGAGUAUGUUCUCAAGCGUGAGGCGUUCGGAAAGACUCUUGUCGAGCAGCCUGUUGUGAGACACCGCCUGGCCAAAUGUGGCGCUUUGCUGGAGAGCCAAUGGGCUUGGGUCGAGCAAUUCGUGUACCAGAUGACCCAAUUACCCAAGGAGACCGCUGACAUCGAGCUUGGUGGUCUCACUGCGAUGGUCAAAGCCCAAUCAGGCAUUGUUCUGAAUGAGUGCGCACAAUGCGCAGUACUACUGUUUGGUGGAAACGGUUACACGAGAUCAGGGCAGGGUGAAUUGGUCGAGCGAAUAUACCGAGAGGCGCCCGGCGUGCGCAUUCCGGGAGGGUCAGAGGAUGUUUUGCUGGAUCUUGGCGUCCGUCAGCUCGUCAAGAACUUCAAGAACAAAACAAAAGCCAUGGAGCGUCCAAAAGGUUCUUCAAAACUGUAAAUCCUCCUAUCAAAAAGCGAAUCGGAUUUUUUCCUGUACUAUACGGAAAAUCACAUCGGCCACCGCGUGAAAUUUUGAGAGUUUCUGGCAUAUUUUGUAGUGCCAAGAGGCUUAAAUUCAUUUACCCUUUUCUCUGUGGAACUUUAACGCUCGUAUGUGCAUAAAUUGCA